UACCAUGUCGAUUCUUCCUUUAUUGUAUCUUGUUUUGGCUGCUGGUGUUUACGCACAAAGUCCUGACAACGUAGACGAUGAAACAAAUGAUCUGGUCAAAAGACACAGGAUUCAAGUACAUGGUCAUUAUCAAUCUAGAAAUGGAUGGCGUAUUGGUGGUCAUUUUCAUCAUGGAUGGGGACAACACCGCGGAACAGGAGGUGGCAUAUCAAUUUCAAAGUCUUGGGGUAAGAAGAGAGCUUCAACUGUCUGCAUGUCGAGAUGUGCCUAUGCCUGCAGAAAUUCUACAGUUAAAUGUAUGAAGAGCUGUCUCAUGAAUAUGUGCUGAUUUGAUCUCUUAUGUUUUGUCAUGAAAUAAAGAGAAAUUGAAACUUGAAUAUUGUGU